GCGGGGCGGAGAGCGGAAGGGCCGGAAGUGGAUUUUCGUAACCCGGAAGGGGAGUGCUUCCCUGGCUGUAUUGUUAACUUCUUCCAGCUGCCGCUCGUCCUGCGGCUGAGGGAAUCGUCGCGGAAGGAUGGUGUGCGAAAAAUGUGAAAAGAAACUUGGUACUGUUAUCACUCCAGAUACAUGGAAAGAUGGUGCAAGGAAUACCACAGAAAGUGGUGGAAGAAAGCUGAAUGAAAAUAAAGCUUUGACCUCAAAAAAAGCAAGAUUUGAUCCAUAUGGAAAGAAUAAGUUCUCCACUUGCAGAAUUUGUAAAAGUUCUGUGCACCAGCCAGGUUCUCAUUACUGCCAGGGCUGUGCCUACAAAAAGGGCAUCUGCUCUAUGUGUGGAAAAAAGGUUUUGGAUACCAAAAACUACAAGCAAACGUCUGUCUAGAUGUAUUGAAGUUUCUGGCUUUCCGUAUGAUUUUACUUUUUGCUUGAAUUUUCAAGGCAUAAUAUAGAUGUUAAAGUUACAAAAUAACAUGUCUUAAGACAAGUUUAAACCAGGGAAGUAGAUUGGUAUUCAUUUUUGUGCUCUCAAGAAGUUCUGAACAGCAGCAGUGUAACUAGUUUUUGCCUUAAGUUUUUAUUUUCCUUACAAACAUCUUAUUGAACUGGGAUAAGUGACAAAUUUAACGAAAAAUAUUUUCCCAGUUCUGUAUGCACUUUUUAUUUAUCAUUACUCAUGUAAUUUUUAUUAUCCUUUCCCUCUACUUUAUAGAUAUUGCAAAAGUGUGAGAAGGAGGUUAUUGAUAUUUGGCUUUGAACUUGGCAUCCAGAUUUGGAAUUUUUCCCUCAUUCCCUUUUGGUUGCAUAGUUCUUAGGAUCAGCAGUCCCUUAAUUAAUUGCAGCUUCAUAAGGCAUUUAAAUAUCUGAGAUCAUUAUUGCUAAAUAGUUCCUUAAGUAAUUAGCCCAGGCCCAAAUCAAACAAAAGUUGUAUUUAUGUUAUUUUUUAUUUGUUCUUGAAGCCAAAGUGCCAAUAUCUUUCAUAUGAGAAUGGGAAUGCAAGGAACACUCCACACAAAUCCAAAUGAAUACACUGGAUUUCAGAAAAACACACAUUACACAUAUUACCUUGAAUUCAGACCAUCAUGAAAGCCAGGAGAACAGUGUGCAUCCAUGAUGAUGUGUAACGAAUGAAUCACCAUUCCUUGGGAAAGCGCUUUGAAGCAGAAACCAAACUUCUUUUUAACCUCCUCCUCUUCUCCUUCCCCCACCAAAAAUAAAUAGACUAAGCAAA